AUGGCAGAUAAUUCCGCCGAUACCGUAACUGCACCUCCUUGGGUCUCGGCACAGAAUAUUCGAAGCACCUCCACCAUUUUAUGGAGUUGUAUCGUGACUCUUACCGCGUGUAUUUACACUUCGCUCCACUUAGAUGUAUCUACCAAAUCUGGCUGGAAGCAGCGCUUAUGGCAGAAGGCCCAAUGGGUCAUCAUUGCAAUUCUUGCACCGGAAUUAGUAGUUUCCAUGGCAUGCUCUCAAUACCUCAAGGCGAGAUGGCUCGUCAAAGAACUCAAUAAAGAGAGGGAACGAAGGAAGGAGGAAGUAGAAGAUGUCUGUCCGGAAUUUGACCUUCAUUAUGGGUUUUUCGUUGUCAUGGGCGGCCUGCAGGUUUCAACCAGCGGUUUUGUCGACGGAGAUCACAUCAAUGCGACUCUAUCAGCAGAAGCAGUAAUCUCUCUUUCUAAAAAAGACGAGUUCCUUUACGUAUCACGAGAGAGUAUCGACGACAGAAGUAAAGCAGACGCAUUGAAGAAGGCCCUAGUUGUCUUGCAAGUGGCAUGGAUGGUUAUACAAUGCAUUUCUAGAAAAUCAUACGGUCUACCGUUGACACUUUUAGAGAUUCACACCAUGGUACAUGUUGUUUGUGCCUUCAUAUUGUAUAUAUGUUGGUUCGAGGUGAGACCGCGUUAUCCAUUCGCCUAG